AAACCCCCUCACCUUCCUCUGCCCGUCCUGCGCCCGAUGAAAACGAGUUGGAUGAUCAGAUCUGGUCGACCUCUGACCCUUAUAGUGCAUACCUGAUCGCCGAACCUGAUGGAGUCCAUCCAGCCUGGUCUGACGCCCUCAAGCGUUGUCUAGCCAACUCCCAGGCCUUCGUACCACCCCCUGAGCCGAAACCCAAGCAAGAGACUACUAAUACGAAGGCCCCCACGCCUGAAGAAAAGACCCAACAAGUAGCAGGCGGGCAAAGUCUGAGGACAUCUCAAUCCGAGAACGAGACUCAAAUGGAUCGUGAUCGGCAACGAGCACUCAAGUUUCUAAACCCCUAUGGCUCAACAACCGAACAGCCCAGCCCGGAAGACCAGAGUGGCUCGAGCACUGGUGAGAGUAACACGCUCCCCCAGGACCAGCUGUCGCUCACCAUGCAAGCCGCCCGGUUCUUACAUUCGGGAAUGAUGUCCAACCGAUGGCCGAGUGCGGUCAAUUGGGCCGCCAUCGAUUCCCGAUUAACGGCCGCUACGGAGAGCUAUAAUAGUAGUGAGACCAAUAAUGGUGAGCCAGGCCGAAAGCUGGCAGACUUCAGUGGCUCCUUCCCGGCGAUCAGAGGCCAAGAGCGAGCGAUCCACUCGGGUCGACGGAGUCGGCCUGGUCAUGCCAGCAGACACCGGAUCCUCUCGGCUGUCCGGGGAGACCCUAGAGACGGACAGACGUUCUCCUUCAACACCGAACAGUUGACCCAGAUCAUCAAAUACAGUCAGAGGAUCAUCAAGGAUAAAUUGAACAUCGACGCGAUCCCCAAGUCGAUCCUCCAAAACCUCGAACGGUUCGGAGAGUUCUUGAUCCAUAAACAUUUCAAAAACGCUCGCCAUCCUUCAUCUUCGGCUUCUUCUGCUGCUUCUGCUGCCAAACCGAAUCCUACUACUCUCCCUGGUUCAUCGAUCACCCCGAUCGUGAUCAUCGAUCCUUCCGCCCCGACUCAUCAAUCCUCGGUCGAUCCGCCCGGAAUCGUCAUCAAUUUCGAUAGCGUGUUUCGGAAGAAGAAGAGGAAAAUGAAAGUGCACAAAUAUAAGAAGAGAAGAAAAGCUAGGAGAACGUUGAAGAAACGGCAAGGUAAAUAGGAUCUUCAUUCUCCCAGAUUCGUCAACCUGGAAAACCCCGCCUCGGAACUUGGCUAGUCAAGAUGAUGUGAAGAGCAAGAACCAGACGCAGUAAGGAUUUGGGGGUUUUGGAAAUCCUUGCUCUUCUCUCAGCUUUCAUUCCUCCUUCCUUGGUCGCUCUGAACUCGCAAUCCCUUCUCUCCUCCAUCUCGUCGUCUCUCAUUCCAUUAUCCUCAAAUAACAAUCAUCAUCCUUCUUGUUUGGCUUGGUUUGUUUGUUUUCAUGGUUCUCAUUUGAUGAGCAAUUACUUAUCAACAAAAAAACAAAAAAUGAGAAACUCAGGUGUGAUAAAGAGCUUCCGUUUGUCACUCAUUAAGCAUUCAAAAAGAAAGGUGAUCUUCUUCUUCUUCUUGGAAUGGCC